UGUCUGUUAAGUGUUGUUGACAAUGCAAUAAACCACUACUAUCAUUGUUCUCAGAUCCCAUUGCCAUAAAUUACUUUGUCCACAAUCUUGAUUUCACGCUCAGCCUCGCGUCACCUAACAAUUUUGAAGCAUUUGGGGUUGCAAUUGAAUUCUUCUGAGCAAACCUUGUUCUUAUCGUCUCCACAAUAGACAUGGUUUAUCAUUCUAGUUUUGUGAAUGAAGAUGGAGUGAGUAGAGCUUGUGGGUGCUCUCUUCUUCCUCUCAAGAGCCACAUUAAGGGACCUGCUCCUGUUUCAGAUCAAGACAGAACUGAUAUUGUGGAUGAAGCCAUAACCUUCUUCCGAGCCAAUGUGUUCUUCAGAAACUUUGACAUCAAGAGCCCUGCUGAUAAGCUUCUCAUAUACCUGACCUUUUACAUUAAUGUUGCUCUCAAGAGGCUUGAAGGUUGCAGAACCUUGGCUGAAGGAACCAAGGCAAUCAUCAACUUGGGUCUCGAAAAGGUUCCUGUCCCUGGAGAGUCUGGCUUUCCAUUUCCGGGCCUUUUCCCCCUUCCUCAAUCACAUAAGGAAGCAGAAUUAUUCAGAAAUUAUUUGAAGCAGAUAAGGGAAGAAACAAGUGGGAGGUUAUUGAGCGUUGCAUACAGACCUAAUGGCACUCCAAAUAAAUGGUGGUUGGCAUUUGCAAAGAGGAAAUUUAUGAAUAUAAUCAUCCCUUGAACUGUUGUGGCGAACAUGCAAUUCUUAAACCAUGGAUUGUGUUGUGAAAAGUACACUUAAACACUGUUGAUCUGCCAAUUAAAAAUAUAUAUAUAGUGAUUAUUGAAAGGCAUAUUGUUGGUGGUCUGUUUUGAAUCCUUGUCUUUGAUUUUGAAUAUACUGAACUACUCUUUGCUAGGAAGUGGUCACGUCGUCCACUUUGCCCAUCAUAAAUAAUGAAGUCAGUAAUCAUAAUCGGGUUAUGACCCCAACCUUGCUUGUGCUAAUGGUUUUGAUUAUG